AUUUGCAGGAAAUGGCUCAAAUUCAUUGCCACAAUGGCAGAUUAUACAUUGCCGCGGGAGGGAAUAUUUUCGAAUUUAUUUUUGUAGUUGAUAGCACUUCUUCAAAGUUAAAACUCUGUCGAAAUAUCUUAGUUCCAUUCAAGGAUACCACAGCUCGAAGGGAGGAAGAUCAGAUUCUGGCAAGUGCACUGAGUGCGGAUGGCACAUUGUUCGCGGUUGCUACUACAUCAAAAGAAUGUUUUCUGUACAAUGUUCUAAAAGAUUGGGUAGAAGUACGUCCAGCAGUGCAACUGCCAAAAACUCCAACAGCUGUGAUUUUCGAAUGUUCCAAAAAAUUUGUAAUUUUAUCCGAUCGAGCGGGUAAUGUUCGACGAUACAGCUUGGACACGAAAAAUUCAGAGAAGAGCAGAAGCAAUGAACUCACUGAUGAUGAGGAAAGUUGUGAAGGCGAACUUUUGUUGGGUCACAUAUCAAUGGUCUUGGAUAUUGAUAUAUCAGAUGACCGGAGGUUCUUGAUAAGUGUCGACCGCGAUGAGAAAAUUCGUAUUUCACGUUAUCCCGAGUGUUACGUCAUACAUCGAUUUUGUUUGGGUCAUAGUUCAUACGUAAAUUCGGUUCAAUCAAAGGGCACGUUGCUUUUUUCAUCAAGUGGUGAUGGUACUUUAAGGGUUUGGGAUAUGGAAGAUGGAAAGCAAAUUGCGCAGUGCGAUUGUCUCGACAAAAAGGCUAUUCGUCGUUGUCAAGUGUUUCCGAACUCCUCUUCGAAGGACAUAAAGUUGGCUGUGAUUUUCGAACACUGUAAAACAGCACAAAUUGUUACCUUCAUCCGAGAAAACAAUAAUUUCAAAAUCGAGUGUCUGACUUGUUCAGACUUUAUUGUCGACAUUGCUGUAGAAGAAAAUGGAGUUUUCGCCUUUGGUAUUACAAGGUCAGCAGUUGUUUUCGGGAGAGUGGAUGAGGGCUGCCUUGGAUCAAUUAAUGAUAUCGAUGAAUGUGUUGUAAAUUGUUUGAGUUCAUUUAAAGAGACCUCAUUACCUUUGGAAAAAAAAAUCGGAUUUAAUAACGUGGAAGAUUAUAAGCAGCGCAAGACUGAUCGUAUAGGGAGGAAAAGACAAAAAUUAUCAGUAGGUAGUGGGUAGGGCUUCAUAUGUCAAACUAAUUGUUUUGUAAGUGGGGC